AUGGCAUCUCAACGUGUCCAAACCCAGCUUUCCAAGCCCCUCGCCCUCAAUGCUGAGAAUAUUGUGGUCUCUCCUCCCGCUCCUAUAUCAAAUAUCCUACCAAAUCCUCCGAAUCAGCCGGCGUUUCCAACCUACAGCAUGGACUACAGGGCAGGUAUAAAGGUCGUCCGUCAGGCGAUUCCUGCACGACCUGCGGAUGGCCAGGGGACCCACCAUACCUACCACAUGGCGACCCAUAGCAACCUCCAUCCACUCCUCUUGCAGAUGGAGCCCGCUCCAAAUCCAUUCGCUGGUGUGAUUGUCCCAGAUCUCAUCGAUGAUGCUACCAAUCAACUCGUCCUGGGAAACGAUGGCACCCCACUCAGAUAUUUCAGCCAUCUGCCACGAUGGGUUGAAUAUGACGUCUCGGGAAUGUUGAUCGAGUUGUGGAUGCGCCUCGAUCAGCGCGUCGAAAUGCGGGACAUUUUGAACCGCAUCAACGCACAUCCUACGAAGAAGUUGAUUGGGUCGAGUGGCUACAACAUGAAGCGGAGCCGAUUCCGAGAGGCCAUCGAUGUGCCUCCGUUUACUAUGGGCCGCCAGCACCCUUCGUCAUUCGAAAUCGAUGUCAUCAACAACCAGACUCGUGAGCAACUUCUGCUCAACACUUGCAUGCUCGUUGAUAUCCCCAACAUCUGCAUGUUCAAGCCAGUCAUGGCCAGUGACAGAGUGAUCCACGGAUACGUCGACAGCCGACUGCCUCUUGACUAUUUCCUGCGAGGCUUCCCGACACCGAUCCCCAUUCCUUCAGACCGUCAAAACAUCGCCCUCCAGCUGCGAAUGCGCCUCCAGACCCUCGCGAUUCGCCGCAAUCUGGGCGACCGGCCGCAAACCUACAAGUACUUGCCGGAGAAUCUGAAGCCCACAUGGUGGCAAAAGAGUCCCGUUUCGCAGGGGCCCUUACCCAUCCGACAGCUUGACAACCUGACACACAAUGAAUGGAUCGCCCAGCUUUGCAGACAAUUUCCUGGCAUGAGCAGGUCAGGCACUUCACGCACGAGUCCUAGCAGCCCUGCGCAUGCCGACCAACCUGCUCUUGUGCCUAUGCCCAGUCCUGUGGCUUUUGGCCCCUCUGCGCAGCAGGCGUCGCGGCCACAAACUCCCCGGGCACCUCCCGCACCAGUCGCGCCUCAGCCAGCAAUCGACCAAGACUUGGAAAAUCCAGCUCGACCGCUGGCGGGAGAAUGGCACGAGAGGAACUCGGACGACGGCAUCUCCUACUAUGUGGAGCCUGCACACCGCCGUCCUGACCGCCGGAUUUAA